AUGCCUAUGCCUUUGUUGCACCAGACGUAUGACUCGGAGUGGAACAUGAGCUGCGAUUUCCCCUCACACACCUGUAACCGCAGCCUGGGCACACAGCUCACUUUGCCCACCUUCAGCACCGCGGCAAAAGUUCGUGUCACCAUCACCUUCAUCCUGUGCGCCGUCUCUGGAAUCUGCAACCUCGCGGUGCUCUGCAGUGCCUACGGCGGCCGUCGCAAGUCGCACGUGCGCCUGCUAAUGUUGAACCUGAGCGUGGCAGACCUGCUGGUGACGUUCAUCGUCAUGCCGCUGGAUGCUGCGUGGAAUUUGACGGUGCAGUGGCUGGCCGGAGACUUUGCGUGUCGACUGUUGAUGUUUCUCAAGCUGAUGGCUAUGUACUCCUGCGCGUUUGUCACCGUGGUGAUAAGUCUGGACAGACAGUCUGCCAUACUGAAUCCAUUAGCCAUCAACAAAGCCAGGAGGAGAAACACAAUCCAGCUGACGGUGGCAUGGACAUUAAGUGUUGUUCUAUCGCUGCCUCAGGCGUUCAUCUUUCAUCAGGUGACCAUCACAUCCCCGGCACACUUUACGCAGUGCUUGACGCUCGGCACCUUCCAGCAGCGAUGGCAGGAGACGCUUUACAACAUGUUCACGUUCUGCUUCCUCUUCCUGCUGCCGCUGCUCAUCAUGGUCAGCUGCUACACGCGCAUCUUGCUGGAGAUCUCCCGCGGCAUGCUGGGAAACAGCUCAUCAGCCAAUGAGAUCCGCUUGCGUCGCUCCAACAACAACAUCAUCCCCAAGGCUCGCAUGCGCACGCUGAAGAUGAGCAUCGUCAUCGUCGGCUCCUUCAUCGUGUGCUGGACGCCCUACUACCUGCUGGGCCUGUGGUACUGGUUCAGCCCGGAGGGCCUGGUGAAGACCAUGCCCGACUCGCUGACCCACCUCCUGUUCCUGUUCGGCCUGCUCAACGCCUGCCUGGACCCGCUCACCUACGGCCUCUUCUCGCUGCCGCUGCGCAGGCGCAGGCCAGCCGUCACCGUGGAGAUGGAGAGCACCACCCACGUCACCACGCUCAGCUGCAGGCGGCUGCCGGGGACGGGUGGCGGAGAGGGACAGACAGAGCGAGACGCGAGCCCAACGCAGGGGCAAAGGGAGGAAGGAGAGAGAGGAGAGCAGAGACUGCUGACCAACUCUGAUGAAUUGUUGUGA